AUGGAAGCCCAAACAGCUAAAGACAGAGAUGCUCUUACAUUCGAGAUGCAAAUGCGCGAAAAGCUCGCUUACCUUGAGCAGCUCAUUACGGAAUCGAAAGACUCCGUAAUGAACGCAUUAGAGAGCGACAGUAUGUGCCCGAACCACAGCCAUCCACAAUGUCAGAGAAGCGGCGACGAGGAAAUCCAAGUGGUUCACCAAGAAAAUGAUAUUAUCGAGGGUAAUGCAAAUUUCAUGGAAGGAAUCAAUGAGCCCGAUGAAGCGGAAGAGAUCGAAGCGGAUGACGAAGAAAACGCGGAUGAAGAAUUCGCCGAAGCCGCUGCUGAGGAGCCCGACGAAGAAGACGUCGAAGCGAAUGAAGAAGAGAUUGCUGAAGAAGAGAUUGGCGAAGCAGAUGUUGAACAGCCCGAGGAGGAGGAAAAUGUCGAGCCGGAAAACGUCGAGGACGACGAAGACAUAUUCAUGAGGGACAAUGAUCAAGAAGAUGCUCCUGGUGACCCUCCCGAGGGCGAUCACGAUGGGCAAAUGGUAGAAAGACUUGAGCAGCAGUUUAGAAACGCCCAGCAAGCGCUACGUAACUUUGAAGAAAUUGUGCACCAGUUAGAUAACGAGUACAUUUGCCCUCCUAGG